CUUAUGUUUUGACGACCUUACGGACCCUACUUCCACGUAUUGACGAGCCUCCUCCACUCCAUUUUUACCUUGUGCUAUUCCGACGCGAUGGGCUACAUUCCUGAUCAUGCACUUGCUGGGUUGAAGAAUUACAAGUACAAGGGCGUAGACAAGUCUUUGCUGUCGAACUACGUUUUGAACCCGUACUGGAACUGGCUGGUCACAUUGUGGCCCAAAUCGGUGGCACCCAACACGAUUACUCUAACUGGACUUUGUUUGGUCGUAAUUAACCUCGCAACCCUGUUGUAUUAUGAUCCUGAAUAUAAGACUGUCGGAGGUGGUGCGCAAGGUCCACCGAAUUGGGUGUACUUCACCUGGGCUGCUGGGUUGUUUAUGUAUCAGAGCCUCGAUGCGAUUGACGGUAAACAAGCAAGGAGAACCGGGAUGGCAGGUCCGUUAGGCGAGAUGUUUGAUCACGGAUGCGAUGCGUUGAAUACCACCUUCGAAGUUGUUCUGGCAGCUCACGCCCUGAACCUCGGCCGCUCAUGGUGGACCGUCGCCUCUCAAAUUGCCACUCUCGCGAAUUUCUAUCUUACGACAUGGGAGGAAUACCACACAGGUCAGCUUUUCCUUGGUGUCUUCUCUGGCCCAGUAGAGGGUAUCAUCAUGAUAUGUGGUCUAUAUGUUGUCACUGGAUUCAAGGGGCCCACGUUCUGGGAUCAAAAGAUCUUGGCAGUCACCGGCCUGGAUAAGGUGGAUUUGGUUGCCCGUUAUAUUCCUGAUAUUGGUCUCAAUGACUCUUUCAUGGUAUUCGGCACCUUCGGUCUGGCUUUCAACAUUCUCACCAGUUACUCCAACGUAUACAAGUCCCGUCGCGAAUCCAAUAAAUCCGCCCUCCAACCUCUUCUUUACCUUGCACCGUUCCCUCUGUCCGCUCUCGUCCAAUGCGCGUGGCUGAGUGCUCCCAUUCCGACGAAGAGCGCCAUUCUAUACUCGCCCAUGUUCUUACCUUUCGUAUCGGCGUGGGGGCUGCAGUUCGCUCACCAGGUCGGGCGGAUGAUUUUGGCCCAUGUCACCAGCCAGCCGUUCCCAUGGUGGGACUCGAUGUGGAUUUGGAGUAUCGUCGGCGCUUUGGAUGCCAACAUGCCUCGAUUGAUCGGACGGCAACCGAUCAUUCAAUCUACUCCCGAACGCACCGCAAUCUUCGUCGGCCUCACCUUUGUCGUCGCGUUCCUCUCAUACGCUCGCUUCGUUGUCCUCGUCAUCAACGACAUCACGAACUAUCUCGGGAUCGCAUGCCUUACGGUUCGCAAGAAGGAUGAGAGGGGAUCUUGGCAUCGGUCGUCGUCGUGGGACCAGAUUAAAAAGCAGGACUAAAAGGAAUAAGGCGUUCGGCUCUCCAUUGACUCCAGCUACUUCACGAAAGAUCGAGUAGAAGUUGUUAUCCAGGUGGAUGUGUUCUUCGCGAUCUUACACACGUUUCCUAAGCACGCAGGAUUGUUAGUCCCUUUUAACUCUGUUGCUGUCAAUGCCCGUGCUUGAUUAUGGACAGAAUCCUGCACUUACGAUCCGGCAUGAUGUUUCUCGUUCUUACUGUUUCAUCGAACGCUGCUUACUAGUUAGAAUGAUACUUUAUAAACGCUUAACUCGGUGUCGGUUGGCGCACCUCAU